CGCUUGCCAUUUAAGCUCGAAGUUGCACAUGAAAGAUAUAGGUCGGCAGUAGGCUGACUAGGCUGAAGGCUCUGUUGCCUAUAUUUGUUGCCUCUUAUCAUGAGGUUCUUGUAUUUUAUGAAAUGAGAUGAUAUUUGGCAUCCAUUUUACCCUACUUUCUUGGGUGUUCUGUUCAUGGUUAUAUCCUGUAUGGCCAUUACCAUGGAACCUCCAACCUAAGUUUGAUCACCCAAUGGUAACUCCAGUUCUGAGUGAUCCCUAAAUUCCAACUCACAAAUUACAUCCCAGUUUAUUCCUUACCUGAGUUUACCAUUGCAUUGCCAUUCUUAUUGCUGCUAUGUGCUAUCCCAUAUCUCUAGUCUUUGAAACUCUAGUUACACCUUGGAAUUUGUAAACACCAUUCACUAUCAAGUGAGAAACUUGCAGAAUAAUCUUGUGCAAAAUUAUUCAGUGAAGAACCUUGCACACAAAAUGCUAGGCAGCAGCAAAGGGAUGGCUGGAGGGGAGAGGGGAGGUCCCUCUAUGUUGGCAACUUUAAAAGUGCGUGUAGCAAGACUUGAGGCAGCUCUACGUGACAAAGAGGCUGAGCUCUCAAGGCUUCAGUCAUCUACUAAAGUCACAGCAGCAAAUGAACUCAGAAUACAAGCUCAGACUUAUUAUCAAGAGGUUGUGCGGUUGCGCAACCAGCUGAACAUCAGCCAGCACGCAGCUGUGCCCAUCCUUCACACUCAAUCUGACAUCACAUCUGAUGAUGUUGGUGCUGCUGGUUCCCACUCACACAACACUGCCAAACAUCAAAAAUUUCUUCAUGAAAGGAGUGAGCUUACAAGUUACAAGUUAUCAAACAUGGACUCUUCUCCACAUUCAAGUUUCACGGCAGACCUGCCACCCUCUCCACAACCACCUUUGCGAGAGGAUGAAGAAACUCUGCGGCAGUCUGUAUUGAGUUUACAUGAGGAGAAUGAGAAGUUGAGGGAACAGGUCACCACAUUAGUCAACACCAUGCGCAACUCAGACCAAGGAAUGAGCAAUAGCAGCCGUGAAGUCCUGGAGAGACUGCUGCUAAAGUUAGAGGAUAAGGGCUUUGGCAGCAGUACUGAUGGCAAUACAUCAACUACACAGCAGAUGAAGAUGGCUGAGCUGCGUGGGAAGGAGCUGGAGUGGGAGAGAGAGCGGUCCAGCCUCAGAGAGUUGAUAUCUACGCUGCAGGAGGACCGCUGCUACUACAAGGACACAGCUUCUAAGAAGGAUGCAGAGCAUGCAGCAGCAGGGUGCACUCUGAUGCUGCACAGUCACUACGCCUUAGUCAGAGACGAGAUGGCGAGGCUGCGGAGCGAGAUGUUGGCGCUGCAGCAGCAGAUGAUGUCCCUCAAGAAUACAACUGCAGGCAGCAGCAGAGCGCCAGUGCGUCCCAACCAGCGACUAACACCACGUGUCUCGGGGUCAGCCUCCAGCAGUGAGAACAACUCCUCCACGGGCCGCCGCACGCAGUCCACCGUCCGAGGCGGCGCCCCCAGGCCUCACGUUGCUGUUGCGCGGUCGUCCGCAUCUUCGUCGCGUUCACAGACCACGUCACGGUCGUCGAAAGCCUCGAGUGAACCUCGCGAGUUGCCGCCAGCGAUGACCACGACCAGCCACGGCGCGGCGAUCAGCAAGAGAGAUCAGCAGCUUUCGACGAGCGCUAGGCUUGCCAGCAUCAAAGUUCCUGCGCCUCGCACCCCCGCUGCUCGUGGAGGUCCUGUAGCUGUGAAGAAGCUGUUGCCUGCCAACAGGCGAGAUGCUCCUACUGCAGUGCAGGGCCGUAGUGCCAGCACGGCUCCCAGCAAGACACGUGUGGCUGUGACUUCUUCCUCUCAGUCUGCGUCUGGCAGCGGUAGGUCAACAGCUUCUUCAUCUACUGCCUCAAGCAAGACCAAUUCUCAGAAGGGUACACCCUUACCUUCUCCAACAAAAGUUCAAGUUCCAAUUGCCAAAUCUAGGACCAUCGCUUCCAAUGGGUACAAAUCUUCCAAUUCAGUUUCCUCUAAAACUCCUAAAACUAAAUCGUCUUCAAGUUCUAGUCAAAGCUCAAGACAAAGUUCCAAGCCGAACUCGACACCUUCCACACCUUCGCGUUCUUUGGUAACAUCGCCAUCUAAGACAAAGUCUAUCUUACCUUUGGAUAAUGGCGGAAAAUCGUCUCCAAGAAUUUGUCAGCAGCCGUCAAAAACAAUCGCUAUUUCGGAGGAAGACGCUGACGUUCUGGUGGCUUUACUACAACCCGAGCCUCUCGAGGCUGGGCUCAACAAUGGCAGCAUUGGAGCAGGUGAGGUGGUUGCUGAACUCACACGGCAGCGGACUAUGACCCUCAGCUGGGACUCUGGUGGAGGUGGCGACACUGACGACAGCUGGGGUGCCACCUACAGGAGCAGAGGUGUUGCUCCGGGCCAGUCAAGCGAAAACUCGGACUUGCCUGCGAAAGAUGCGCUGCCGGAUCCUAGUGACGACGUCACUCAAGCCAAAGAAACAAAUAGUUCCAUAUCACACAAAACUCAGUCUCCUGCUCACGAAAGGGCCAGUGCAGGAAAUAAUUAUGCUGUCAGCAGCGUUGACGAAUUAAAGUGCUUACUGCAGUCGCAUCUUCAUCGGCAGCAGAAACUCAACCAGCUUCUAGAACAAGAGCCCGUGCUUGUGCAGACAUCUCCUGUUCGCUCUCUAAUGACGGUGAAACAAAUGAAGAAUCGCAAGAGCCACCGCAGGUCUCCUGACGGUGCUGAAGGUAAUCAUAACGUGCUUGAAUCAUCAAUGAUUGCCGAGUCGCAAUGUAAGUCACUCAGUUCUCCAUCACACUCCGCCAAGGCCCUCAGCUCUCCCUCACACUCCGCCAAGGCCCUCAGUUCUCCAUCACACUCCGCCAAGGCCCUCAGUUCUCCAUCACACUCCGCCAAGGCCCUCAGUUCUCCAUCACACUCCGCCAAGGCCCUCAGUUCUCCAUCUCACUCCACCAAAGCCCUAUCGUCUCAAGUGAAAGCUACUAGGCUGCCGCAGUCUCCUCUUCAUCGCUCUGCAUCAGCCACGAGUGGGUCAAGCGCUGGAACUCCGAAGUCACCACAUGCACCAAGCCCCACUAAAGCCCUCUCCACUGGCAGUGAAUUAGUUUCUCGUUCUACCAAGCUUAAGAAAAGAAAAUCUUCUGCCAGUCGUUCGGGUGACAGCGAAAUGUCGGUCUGCAGCCCUGGGAUAGUUCGGCAGGGUACAUUCAAUUUGGACGAAAGCGAGGCGUUUAUCAGCAAAAGUCAUAUGGGUGAAGCUGGAGAGAACUGCGAGCUUGGUGAAGAUGGCUGGUUGAUCGAUGACGAAAAGGACAGUGGGGAAAUUUUGAGCGCCACCAUUGCUGCUCAUGUAUCCCGGAUGCGUCAGAUACAAGACCUUAAGAAGUAGAUUUCAAAUUUUCUUAAUUCGAUACGCCUAAUAAUUUUGCUCGAAUUGUUUAAAAGACUCCCGGUCAGUAGACUCUCUUGGUGCGUAAAACUUCCUGGUAAAUUUUCCUAACAACAGUUUUUCAAACGCCUGGAUUCGUCAAAGUAGCCUAAAUACAAAACGUGGCAGAAUAUUUUGAUAAAUUGUUGCUCAUUUUACCUGAUCUUGCCAUCGCUUUCUGAGCGGCACUGCUCUAAGCAAAGAAUAUUGGUAGCAAGCACAUUACUAUGCUACCAAAGUACCUCAUAUCACCGGCUGUUAGUGAAGAAGCGGCUUCCAUGACCACGAUGUUCCAAGGCUGUAGACAAAACGUUUUACUUCUAUUAGUAUUUCAGCCAAUUUAGUGUUCCGUACUUCUUGCAAUUAUCCACCUAUUGUUUUAUAUAGUCUUCCAUUCUAACUGCAACGUACUUAACUCAAAAAAGGGUACCAUGAGCAUGAAUUGUACUUAAUGAUUUUUUUUAUGUAGCUGCCUCGCUAUUGAUUGCCAUAGAACCUUACCAAAAAAAAGAACGAUCAAUUAACUUGGAUUGAUGUGAAGGCAACUAUUCUAUCGGUCGCUGAUUUUUGUACCGUACAUUGGUGCUGUGAGUAGUAUAUGGCUUUGCUUUCUCUUGGGCGAAGAAUAGGUAUUAUAAUGCUGACAUGCGUAUUUUAAGUAUUUUCUUGUGUAGUAUUAACGUUCGACGUGUACGGUAUUAUAAAUGAAUAAGUGCCCAACCUCAGCAAUUUAUUGUUUUCGCGCUUCUCAUGUUUGGCUCCGGGUAACGUUACACAGAGAUUCAAUGUACGAAGCAUCAAGUACAUGCUAGCGAUUUUCGGUAAAAAAUAUCUGAUAAAGAGAAAACUGUGGAAUUUGAUUACUGAAUAGCAGUGAUGACUAGGUAAUGUAAGUUACAUGGUUUCGAAACGUGUGCCUCUUAACCAUUUUAAUAUAUGCAAAUAACUAGUCUUCAUUCAGUCUGCUGUUGCAAAUGGUUCGAUGCUUCCUAGUGCUGUGGCCAGAGUAGUUGGUUGGUUUCUCAUUUUUUUGAGUGCAUUGUUUUUUUCUGGAGAAACAAACUAAUUUUUCGGUGCUAAUUUUUCUUGCUUUCGUGUUAUAGUCGCUUCUCAGCUUCAUGAAGACGAAUUGAGUUCACAGUGAAAUAACAUUUUAUUGUUGAAGAUAUAAAAGUCAUUUUCAGGGUUUAAGAAGCUUUGAGGUUUUGCGUUCCCCUGCUUGUUCCUAUACCAACAGGUUUAUUAGGUAGACCGGUUUCAUGAAUUUUAGUGUUCUUAUUCCUUCCUCAAGGAAGUUUCUUGUUUGGUAGAGUUUUGUUUGCUCCCUCUUUCACUAGCUCGAUGAGUUUCUGGUUCAGAAUUAAAUGUGUAGGUUCCAUUUUACUCUGACGGUAUUUCGUUUCAUUCUCGUUAGAUGUGUUAUUUUUUUUAGCUAGCAGCGUAUUUUAGACUUACGCUAGUUGAAUUUUUCGCCUGCAUUUGUGUGAUGCUCCGUUGGAAUUUUGUUUGAUCUCACUGGAUUGGUAGUCUCGUAUUCAGAAUUUGAACACAACUCCAUUGCAGAAUAUUUCUGAUUCAUUUAAGGAAAACCCUUCAAGUAAGCAUUGAUCUGUAGAAUGUCUGGAUUGAGAUAAAAACAAUUUAGGUAUGUUCCACUUCAGUUACACCCAAUGAUCACUUGCCCUCUUGAUUUUGUGUUCUCCAAAAGAAAUUUGACUAUACUCGACUUCUAGUCAUAUUUUUGCUGUUAACUUAUUUCACGCGUGCUUCUUAGCCCAAUGAACGAGCAGACUUAUCGUGGACAUCUCUUGCUAUCUAGUUAGCUCUCGUUGACUAAUGCGGGGGCCGCCGAAUUUUUUUUUUUUUUUUCAUCAAAGGCCAAGAGAAAGUUUCUGAAACCUUCGCGGGCCGGUCACGCCCAUUUACUGUUUUCAGUUCAUGCGUACGCCUUACCCGAAAUAAACGCCACGCUCGAUUUUUGCACACAUCAUGUUGAACUACGAGAUAUCCUCGGCGGGCCGGAUGAAACAUAGCCGCGGCCCGUAGUUUGGAGACCCCUGGGCUGAUGCAUUAUAUAUCUCACAGAUUAAUCCAUCUCUCUUCGACGAUUUUUGUUCAAUUUGUGGUGAUAAUAACGAUCUGUUGUUCAAGAUAUUUGUUUGACUAGAAUUAAAUAAAGUUAACGGUUACCUUUCAUUUAUCGUUUUGCCAACGCAACUAUGUAUCCUAACCAUCUCGUAGACUUACGGCCCUUUUUCCUGUACGUUAAUAUUUGGAGUUGCCGGCAAUUAAUCAUGGUGGUGACCAAACUAUUUUUUGCUUUUAAUAAUAAGAUGAAAAUCAACGUUGGUCUGUAUAUUGAUCUACUUUUAAGAGGAUGAAUUUCUAUAAUAAUUAACAUAUUAUUAUUUCGAGUAUCUCUUCGGGAUAUAGCAGGUUUCGAUUGUAGUUCUUGGGGAACGCUUAGAGUUUUCGCAAGAUUUCUCACAAGAUAACGAGCUCUUAUGAUACACGCAAUUAGUGGAAAUUGUGCGUGUCAUAUAUUGUGACGAGGCAACUGUUGUUCAAUUAGUCUCCUUCCAUGAGCAGCUAUCGGCUUUGCCCUUUUAAAUACCAUGCAUCCUACAUUCUCUUGUAAUGGCAGUUCGUUCUUAAACUUAAAAACCUUGUAUUCAAAAUAAGAUUGGAAUGGGUUCACUAGUGCUCGCGUUUCUGAAUCAUAAACUUCAGCUAAUAUUGUAAGACAUCCUCCUCUCUUCCUGACCUCGUACGUGCCUUGCAGCUCUGGCUCCUCUGUUAACCUGGAGUUGAUUUUCUCCAGUGAGCCUCGUAGGAUACGAACGAACCUUGUGAUCAACAUUAUUUUGACCUUCGUGCACUUCUGUUGAUGUGUGAAUUCCGAGUUGAGCUAAUAUUCGUGUUGCUCAGCAAUGAAACUGCUUUCUUCAUGCCACGUUCUUGCAAUGCGUGUGUUAAAAAGAAAAAAUAAAUUUGGCCUUUAAAUUUAUCCCAUUGUUAGAUUAAGACAUAACGAAUCCUACGAGUUAAAAUGCUUUAUUUCUUACACACUCGAGGUGCUAAGGGUGCCGACGAUUUGUGAACAUCAACUUGGUAAUAAUACUAUCGUAAAAAUCCUGCCGUUCCCCAAGUUCCCUGUUCCUCAAAUUAUGAAUUAGUACAACUCUCAUGGAUGAAAGAACAUAUUUAAAAAUAUUCGUUGAUUUAUUCAAAUCGCAAAAUAUACGGUAUAUUGCUCAGUCAUAGCAGAGGUAACUUAUGUUUGGAACAAUAAAUAUUGACAUCGUA